AUGGAGUCCCAAAUGAAAAAUUUAUCUAUUUGCAUAGACAAGCUUAUUAAUAGUAUAACAUUGUAUUUAAGUGGUAAUAAUUGUACAAAUACUUCAGUUAUUAAAAUAAGCAAUGACAACUUGUCAACAAAUGGUGAUUUGUAUUUUUUAUCCAGUCUCAAAGUAUGGAAAAGCAGGUUGCAAGGUGAAAAUAUGUGUGAUGGAAAGUGCACAACAAUUUUGCAACAUUUCCUACACAUGCAUGGCAAUCAGGUAGAUGACAAAACAGAUAAAGAUAUUGCAAAAGAGGUUUUACAAUUACUGAUAUCCUGUAGCAAUGACUGGCCAAUAAAAAUAGAAAGGUAUUUUCUAGAAAAAGAAAGGGUCUGUUUGUUUUUACAACGUGUUCCUAUUAUACAGACCACAAUUCAGAAUGUUAUUGCACAUAAAACUAACUAUGGGAGAAGUUUAUCAGUUAAUAAAGUUUUCAGUUUGAGGACACACGAAGAUAAAGAAUCUGAACUGACAACAGCUAGAUUACACUUAAUACAAAGUGUCACUGAAAAAAUUCUGGACUUGCAUGGUUGCAGAACAUGCGAAGAAGACAGCAGUGUGAAAAUUGUAUUUACCAGUAAGUCUCAAGGAAAUGUUGUGGACAAUUAUGAAAAGUGCAUAUGCGGUGUUGUCAAAAAUUUAAAAUCGAAUAUUAAAGAGACAUCGUUAACAUGGCAAGAAUACAUCAGGAACAAAGUUAAUGAAUUAAAAGUAUUAAAUGAUCAGAAGUAUUUUGAGAUGCAUAAGAAUGAUGUAAGAACAAAUGAUAAUUUUCUUGAAAAUGUUGCAAAAGCAACAGCCACAUUCGAAUUACUGUCUGUAAAACCAAGUCGUGCUGUUUUUAUUGGAUGCAAUGCCAUGACAGAUAAAAGUACUACAAAUACAAAAGGUGCCUCCUUUAUAUUAUACAAUGCUGCAAGAAUAGCAGCUAUUAUUGAGAAAUAUACUGAUAAAAGAUCUAUAGGAGAAUAUCCUAAUUUACCAGACAUCAGUGAUGUAAACUUUUCUUUACUAAACCAAGAGGAAGAAUGGGACCUUAUAUACAAUUUUAUUAUUGGAUACCAAGAAAUCGUGAAAGAUUGCAUAAAAUAUGAACCUACUUUUCAAGUUAAUCCCCAAAUAAUUUGUAUAUUUUUAUCACGAUUAAGUCAGAAAUUUAGUGUAUACUAUCGGAGAAUUAGAAUUUUAACUGAAGCAUACGAUCAUUUAAUUCCAACAAUGAUUGCAAGAUUAUAUAUGCUACAUGCAUUACAAAUUGUACUUCAGAAUGCUCUUACAUUAAUGGACAUAAUACCUGUGUCUCGAAUGUAA